UGAGAAAAAGAUAGGACCUUUGCCCUGUUUAUUCACCCUUUCUUGAUUUUUGCUGGGACCCGGUUCGCAUUUUUCGUUGUAGCUCGAAAUUUCUGUACUGAUUUUGUCCGGCGUACCUUCCAAUUUCAUCGCUGUCAAAAACUGAGAAAGGUUCGUAUUUUUUUUUUCUCCGCAAAUUUCCGGAUAAAAAUGGGGAUUGAGCAAAACAGGAGUGGUGGGAAGAAUAAGGUUAGCAGCGAAUCGAGGAAAAACAAGCGGAAACAGAGAAAAUCGUCGCAGGUUCAAAAGCUGUACGAAACUUGCAAGGAGGUGUUUGAUGAUUGUGGGCCUGGAAUCGUGCCGGCGCCGGAGAAAGUAGAAAAGCUUGCAUCUGUUUUGGAUGAGAUGACCCAAGCCGAUUUGGGCAUACGUCCCGAUAUGCCCUUUUUCAGCAGCAAACGAGCCCCGAUCAUAACAUACUUGCAACUCCAUGAAUGUGAACAAUUCUCCAUUGGAAUCUUUUGCUUGCCCCCAAAAAGUGUCAUUCCACUCCAUAACCAUCCAGGGAUGACUGUUUUCAGCAAGCUUCUAUUUGGGACAAUGCACAUCAAAUCGUGUGACUGGUCGAGCGAGUUUGAUGAAACUAAUGACAGCUCAGCAACAGCAAUCGCUACACUUCCGAAAAGUAUGUUGUUUUUUGAAUCUAAAGGCCAUCGGAAUGAACUACGAGUGGCUAAGAUAAAAGUGGACUCGGAUUUCACAGCUCCUUGCAAGACUUCUAUCCUAUACCCAGCUGAAGGUGGCAAUAUGCACCGAUUCACUGCCAGGUCAGCAUGUGCAGUGCUCGACGUGAUUGGCCCUCCGUAUUGCGAUCCUGAAGGCCGCCAUUGCCAGUAUUAUUCUGAGUUCCCGUUCGCCAGUUUCUCAGGAGAUAAUGAGAAGAAGAAAGAGGGUUACACGUUGCUUAAGGAGAGGGAAAAACCGGAGGAUCAUAUAGUCGUUGGAGCACAAUACAAUGGACCAAAGAUAGCGAAAAAGUGAGGCAAGACUGCAUUUUUAUUUUUAUUUUCCCUUUUUGUGUCUUUCUUUUUGUAGUUCUUUCCAUUAAAAUAGGGUGAUGUGUACAUAAGUUUCAAACAGAGAAGAAAGGGAAAGAAACGGAAAGAACAAACAACGCGUUACAGUUCAUUUUUUCCAUAUGCACACGAGAGUACUUUCAAGUACACUUUUCAAUGAAAUCGUAAAUGAGAAGAUCGUCUAAUUUGAUUUUUUUCUAGUUUUUUUUUUUAUUUAUUGUGAAUAAAUCGAAAAUAG